AUGAGAAACCUAUUGAUAUUAUCAUUGGUAGCAGUUGCUUCAACUGCAACAGCCAAGCUAAACGAACAUCAGAAGGAAAAUUUCUUCGAGUACAUGCACUCAAUGAACGAGGGCAAAGAUUUCUUGAGCACAGUUUCAAAGCACAUUAUGGACAAAGUCACUCCAAUGCUCAAGUUUUCUCAUACUCUCAAGUCUUCAAGUUAAUCUACUGGAUCUGAGGUAUCAUCUUGGCUAGGAUGUCAAGCAUGCAAGGCUGGUGUCUACACCCUUGACUCAUCUAUCAGAACUAAGACCAUUACUAAAGCUCUUGAGCAGUUUGGAGUCUUGGUUUGUGAUCAAAUCGAAAAAACUAACAACACUGUGUGCCCCGGUGCUGUUACUGAGAUGGGAGAUAUUAUUGUGCCCACUCUCACAAACUUCCUUCUUUCACCAGAUUACUUAUGUUCACGUGUCCUCUCAUACUGUGACACUGAGUACGUAGAACUCAGUCAAGACGACUAUGUGAAGAGAGUGCUUAGUGAUAAACCAGAAUUCAUCAAGGCUAAUGACUACGUUCACAAGCUUUAUCAAAGUAUUAAGGGAAACAAAAACAGAGCCACUUUCAAGGCAGUCCACUACUCCGAUGUUCACGUUGACCUCUACUAUAAACCAGGAACUAAUGCUAAAUGCAACAUGCCACUUUGCUGCAGAGAAGAAAACGGUUACCCCGCAAACCCGGCUGAUGCCGCUGGACCUUGGGGAGACUAUCAAUGCGACACCGCCCCAGCUGUUUUGACAAAGAUGUUUGAGUUCGUUAGAGAUGAAAUCAAGCCAGAUGUUCUUUUCUGGACUGGUGAUAUGAGUGCUCAUUCUGUUUGGGAAAACUCAAAUGAAGAAGUUGCUAAUGUCAAUAAUAUCAUUGCUAACCAAAUGAAGGCUAUGUUUGGGGAUUAAUUUAAGGUUUACCCACUAUAGGGCAAUCAUGAUGUCUGGCCUGUCAAUGUUCAGUCAUUCAAUGAGCCAAACUAUCUUGUGUAAAAUCUCACUUAAGUCUGGUCUCACUGGCUCAAUAAUGACACUCUCCAAACCUUCAAGAAAGCUGGUUACUAUUCUCAAUAUUUUGAGUUAUAGGGCAAAGGCAAACUAUUUGAGAAGGUUAGAGUCCUUGGAGUCACUACCUAAACUUGCAAUGAGUAAAACUGGUACCUUUGGGAAGUCCUAGCUGAUCCAGGUGAUGAACUUGCAUGGUUAGAAGCCACUCUUAAAGAAAUGGAGCAAAAGAACGAGAUCGCAAUCCUACUAGGUCACAUUCCAACUCAUGGCUGUUUAAGAGCCUGGGGUUCAAGAUUCCAAGCCUUGAUGGACAGAUAUCAACAUAUCAUCAGAUUCGGUCUGUUUGGUCACUCCCACGAUGAGAAGUUCUUCUUGACUAGAUCAGUCAACGUCGAUGGAAACCUGACAAACACCAAACCUCUUUCCUUCAACUCAAUCCUAGCUCCCACCACUACCUACACUGGAAAGAAUCCAAGCUUCGCUGUCUACGAAAUUGAUGAGGAAACUAUGCUGCUUGUUAACAUCACCACUUAUUUCUUCAAUGUCACAAAGGCCAACCUCGGAAAUCCAGAAUGGGAACUGUAUCACAAUCUUCUUGAGGAUUAUCAACUUGAAGACUUGUCUCCCCAGACUGUUUACAAGUAUGCUGAGAGAAUUUUGAAUGAUGAGAAUGAAGCCAAGAAAUUCAACAUGUGGAAUGCUAAGGGAGGUCCAGAUGGCCCAAUGGAUUCUUGCAAUGACGGCUGCAGAAGAGGAAUGUUCUGUGACUUAGUAACUUCCUACACUGAUGACGAGGAUGAGUGUAAUCACGGAGCUCUGAGUAGCAAGAAGAAGAAAGACCCACACUCCCCAACCUUUGGAUUCAACAAGAUGCAAAGCCUCAUCACUUUCAAUGAGGACUAGUUCUAUGAGUUCAUGGCUGACCCCUGGCUAGUUAAGAAGUGA